CUCGGAAAAAAAGAACUCAGUUAAAACCCCACACCGAUAAAAAUACUACAUACCUACAACAGCAAACGGUGGCAUCCGAGGCUAUAAAGCAUUCCAUUAUCAGAAAAGGGAAUCAGCAUAUGUGUGGUCCUGCAACAUUGGUCGCUGCCGUACGAUUUAUGAGCGAGCAAUGUAACCACUUGGGGUAUUAGUUUGGAUUCAAUUUCGCCACCUCGAUGCAAGAUACAAUCGGAACGAAGAACAGCACAGGAAAUAUUGUGCGUGCUGAAUGAAUCGAUUGCAAUUAAAAUCGGCAUCCCAUCUGCAUCGCCAUCAUCACCGCCAUCAUAGCCGAUCCGUUUGUUAACGUCUGAUUAUUGGUUCUGUUGGGGAGCUGUCACCAUUUCCCUGUGGCUGUUCCGGAGUGACCGCAAAGUGUCGUUGUCAUCACGUUGUUGCGGACAAGGAUCAAGACGAGCUCCUUGCAGGUGCCCGACGACUUUGAUAGCUCCAAAGCAACCACCGCCCCAACCGCCCCCACUUUCGCCUCCACCAUCAGGGAGCCUCACCACCACCGGAAGACGGGGUGGGUGGCACCGGGUGGGGGCCAUGCGUCGCCGGAAGCCGACCGAGGGCUUCCUCCUGUGCGGAAUCUUCUUCUGGACGCUUCUGGUUCAUCUGAUCUCGACAUGCCUGGCCAUCCAGCUGGAGGAACGGAUGGAGAUCGUGCGGAAAGUGCUGAAAGAAGUGCCUUUGAUCGAUGGCCACAACGACCUACCGUGGAACAUUCGGAAGUUUCUCAAGAAUCAACUGCGGGAGUUUCGCUUUGGCGAGGAUCUGCGCGACAUUACUCCGUGGUCGACCAGUGCCUGGAGUCACACCGAUUUGCGUCGCCUGAAAGAAGGGAUGGUAGCGGCACAGUUUUGGUCAGCAUAUGCGCCUUGCUCCUCGCAGCAUCUAGAUGCGGUGCAAUUAACAUUAGAACAGAUAGACUUAAUACGCAGAUUAGUGAAUCUCUACCCGCAGCACAUGGCUCUGGUGACGACAGCAGACGGCAUCGAGGAGAGUCAUCGGUCCGGAAAGUUGGCCAGUCUUAUCGGCAUCGAAGGCGGCCACUCGAUAGGGACCAGUUUGGGGGUGCUGAGGACCUUCUACCAGUUGGGUGCUCGCUAUCUCACUCUGACGCACACCUGCAACACUCCGUGGGCCGAUUGCUGCAAAGUUGAUGAACCAGGUCAGGUUCCUCAUAUUGGGGGCCUGUCGCACUUCGGCACUUUGGUGGUCACUGAGAUGAACCGACUCGGGAUGAUCGUCGAUCUGUCCCACGUAUCAGUGCCGACGAUGUUGGACGCCCUGGCCACCUCGAAGGCACCUGUCAUCUUUUCCCAUUCGUCGGCCCAUGCUAUCUGCAAUAGCUCCCGGAAUGUGCCGGACCAUGUGCUGAAGCGACUGUCUGCCAACGGUGGCCUGGUGAUGGUUGCAUUCUAUCCACAUUUCGUUAGUUGUGGCGAGAAGGCAACCCUCAAGGAUGUUGUCGCGCACAUCAAUCACAUCCGGGACGUGGCCGGGGUUGACCACGUGGGCAUCGGAGCCGGUUACGAUGGCGUAAAUCUAGUUCCCCAAGGGCUGGAGGAUGUCUCGCGGUAUCCGUAUUUGUUCGCCGAGCUGCUGGAGUCGGAGAAGUGGACCGAGGAGGAUAUCGCCAAGCUGGCGGGGAAAAAUUUAAUUAGAGUUUUCAAACAAGUAGAACAGGUGCGUGACCAACUGGAGGCCCAGGGCAUGCUGCCGAUAGACCAAUCGAUCCCACCGGAGGACAUCCUUGGGAGGUCCUACUGUCGCUAUUCGGGGCCACGAACGUGACGCAAACGAAAUCUUCCCGUAAGCUACUACUAUAAGGUAUUCCCUUGAACCAAAAGUCAUUCUAGAUAUGGUUGGUCUUUGAAAAUUCGGAAAAGUACAAUCAUACUAAGUUCAUCACUCCGAAUGUGGAGAAACGAAAUCAAACUAGCACCGUAACGCAACAACUCACAUUGUACACAUUCACACUACCUGACAGUAGGUUAUUACAAUUCACCGGUACAUACAUUUUCCUUCGCUAGUUGAGAAAACUGCGAAGGAAAUCAGUCACUUUCAAGGAGGUUAAUAAGAGUAAAACCAAUUAUUAAAAAAGCCAACAAUCAAACAACCAACUCACAGAAGAAGAUGAUUUUAAGAGAAUAAAAAAGUUCGCAUAUCAUACAGGAGCCGAAACCAAUGAUGGUAGUGGCAACGAAGGGCAAACCGUGAAACGCAAACACUCAUCACUACCGAAUUUUUUCCAAGAAAACCAAAUUUUCGUAUAUUUUUCUAAUGUAAAAUAAAAGUGCAACGAUAGCGUUAUUAUCCAAAUCCGAAAAAAGCAACAAGUAACUACUAAAGAGAAUGAAGCGUAACCAUUUGAAGAGACAAAAAAGAAAACAAAGAUUAAAUAUUUAGGGCAAAGAUGGACUAACGAAGUUACGAAAUUCAAAUGUUGAAAGGUGGAAAUAAAUUCUAAAUAACGGAGAGAAAACCUUUAGGCUAAUUGUGUAUAAAAAAAACAUUAAAAAGUGAACGAUACCAAUGAAAUUUAAUCAAACAAUAACUGUGUAGAAACAAAACUAUUGACAUGUUACAUACCGAAUAAACACGAACAAAAGAAGUCACGAAACGGAGAUGUUGUUACAACAACUGUUUGGGUUUGGAAUGUGAGUUGCAUUUUUUAUAAGAGUGAGACCAGUAAAAAAGCCUUCAGAUAUGUUGGACCGAAUCAAAUUUGU